AUGCGUUCCAGUGGAGACGUCCCAACGAGCCAAAAUGGCCGCCGUGCUGCUGCUACCGCCACAGUUGCCAACAACAACAACACUGGGAACUCGGGCUCGCAAUACGCACUGUGUGCCCUGGGCGUGGGGCUGGUGGCGCUGGGCGUCGUCAUGAUCGUGUGGAGCGUGGUGCCGACUGACCCCGCCCACAACCACAGCGUCUCCACGGACCCAGACCCCGGCGGCAAGAAGAGCAAGGCGUCUUCUGUGGCCUUUGUGCUGGUGGGGUCUGGGGUCGCUGUGCUGCUGCUGUCCCUGUGUCUGGGCAUGAGGAACAAGCAGCGAGAGCAGCAGUUCCUCCAGAGACAACAGCAGCAGCAGAGAGCGCAGGGCCAGGCCGUGGCCGGACAAACCGACGCAGAGGCAGCGGAGGAGCAGGCCCGCCGCUACGCAGUCCCCACAUACGAGGAGGCCGUGGGCAGUGGUCUGUACCCGGUGCCUCAGAGCGGACCUCGCCUCAGCGAGUCCCAGCUGCCGUCGUACGAGGACCUGGUUACCACGGACUCCCUCCAGUACGAGCAUGAGGGACCCACCACCAACACCCCUCCUCCCUCCGCUGCCACCCUCAACCUGCCCCCCCCUCCCUCCACCCGCAAACAGGGCCGCAACAAACUCCUGCCCAUCAACAUACGGCGCAUCAAAUCUGAAAAACUGCACAUGAAAGACGUCAGCCAGCCUCCGUCGCAGAUGAGUAUAGAGCCGCUAACGCCGCCGCCGCAGUAUGAAGACAAGGCUCCUCCCCUUAAUUAA